AUGCCAAUAAUAUCGUUCGGCAUCAAUGAUUGCUCCUUCACACCGACAAACUCUGGCCUGGAACUUCCACAAGAUGUUCUGGACUAUGCCAUGACCAGUGCUGACUUGUCGGAACUCAGCUAUAAAUUCUUGGUCUCCCGCGAAAUUCAAUCGGGCAAUCUCUUUGGAUUUGAUCGUAUGCAAGCCUUUGUCGAUUUGGAUGAUAUGGCCAUUUUGGCCGAAUACGACAAUAUCUGUUAUGUCACCUUUCGAGGGACCGUUGGAGCCAAUGUGUUUGAUGUCUUUCAACUCUUUGAUGCCGGCGCCAAAAUGGUCAAUGGCUGCAAGGUCCGAUCGGGAUUCUACAAUGGCUAUCAUGCAAGGUAUAUCAAUGAACUAAAGGCUGGCAUAGCCGAUUGCAUGACAAGAUGUUCGGAAUUGAUCCUGACGGGACAAUCUCAAGGAGGCAGCAACGCCCUUGUGGCCUUUAUGGACUUGCAAGAAUACAAUCCCAUCGCAAUUACCUUUGGCGCUCUCCGGACGGUCCGCGAAAACUGCACCCACGUCGAUUCCACCCGUCAUUACCGAUUUGUCAAUGUCGGGCAAGGCAUUUACGAUUACUACGCCAUGAUGUUUGACCGCACCGCCCUCCAUUUUGGACAUUCCAUUUUGCUCGAUGCCACUGCCAAUGCUGCCGCUUCCUAUUUAGGCUUGGACGACAAUCGCAUGUUGCAACCGCAAUCCCGAGACCCACACAGCGUGACCAACUACUGGAGUGCCCUCAAGAGCUUGGUCGAUGCGGCGAUGUGCAACCCCCUCGCCAUUCAAAUCUCGGGGUGGGAAGAUGGACAUUGGUGUCAUGAAGAUGAUGAGUGUGACAGUGGCAGCUGCAACGAGCAAAUGUGCAUUGGAGCGCUGCAAGUGGGAGAGUUUUGUCGACGAGAUUACGAAUGUGCCUCGCGACGGUGUGAGCACAGUCUCUUUAAAGCCAAUGUUUGUGCUUGA